AUGGCGGCGGACGGCGCCUGCGAGCUGCUGCUGCCGCUGCCGGGUGUGGGGGCGUCGGCGGGGGCGGGCUGCCGGCGCUGCGGCGUCGGGGGCGGCAAGUGGGUGCGGCUGAACGUGGGCGGCACCUGCUUCCUCACCACCCGGCAGACCCUCUGCAGGGACCCCAAGAGCUUCCUCUUCCGCCUCUGCCAGGCCGACCCGGACCUCGACUCCGACAAGGAUGAAACAGGCGCCUACUUGAUAGACCGGGAUCCGACCUACUUUGGACCAGUGUUGAACUAUCUCCGGCACGGGAAGCUGGUGAUCAACAAAGACCUCGCUGAGGAAGGUGUGCUUGAAGAAGCUGAAUUCUACAACAUCACAUCCUUAAUAAAGCUUGUGAAGGACAAAAUCAGGGAGAGGGACAGCAAAGUUUCACAGUUGCCGGCCAAGCACGUUUACAGGGUCCUGCAGUGCCAGGAAGAGGAACUGACCCAGAUGGUCUCCACCAUGUCUGAUGGCUGGAAGUUUGAGCAGCUCGUCAGCAUUGGCUCUUCCUACAACUACGGGAACGAAGACCAGGCUGAAUUUCUGUGUGUCGUCUCCAAGGAGCUGCACAACGCCCCAUCUGGGACUGCCAGUGAGCCCAGUGAGAAGGCCAAGAUCUUGCAGGAACGUGGUUCUAGGAUGUAACAUCCCAGUAUUGGAUGCUGAAGAACGGCCCCAUGAAGAGCCAUGGC